AUGCUGGAGGAGAUGCCCGUCGGCAGGACAUUCUUCGCCUCGGAUCUCGCAGUGCGCUUCAACAGACGCGGACCGACUCCCUCCCAGGAGAUCGUAGAUUAUGAGCUCUCGACAAUCAGAGAUAAGGCAGAGUUCUCAAUCUUCGACAUCCGUGUCUUCGCCAGGAUUGACGGAUUCAACCUCGACGACUACAAGGGGGGAACAAUCCGCGCAGCCAUCAACAAAAGGGCGAAGCUCAUCGGCAAGGAUGUCACCGGACAGGGAGUAUGGGUGAAAGUAUGA